UUGUGGUAGGCGGUGCCAGCUGCCACUUCCUAGGGACGCUGCUGUAAGUGUGCUGGGGUAUGGUCCCGGCGCACCUGACAGGAGGAAGGAUUCUAGGCGCGCAAUAGCCCUACCGGCCACGGUUUCGGGUUUUUUUUAUUUUCAGUCUGUCUCUUGUUGUCGGUGUAUCUGUGCCUGCCUGAGCUUUGACUGUAGUUCUCAGAGACGCAGCGGGCCCUGUGUGCGCCUGCACCCUAGCCAUGGCCGCUCAGGAGAAGCAGGUGCACCCAACAGGUGAAGAGAAGAGCGCUAAGGCGGAGGGCCCUGACCCAGGAGGGGCGCUGGCAUUAGGACCGAGCGUACCUAUUAGAGGGAUCCGCAUGAAGUUUGCGGUGCUGAGCGGGCUGCUGGAGGUCGGAGAAGUCAGCACCAGGGACUUGGUAGACACCGUGUUCAAUUUGCUUGUGGGAGGCCAGUUUGAUCUGGAGAUGAAUUUCAUCAUCCAAGAAGCAGAAAGCAUAAUCUGCAUGAUCGAACUACUGGACAAAUGUGAUGUUACGUGUCAGGCAGAAAUAUGGAGCAUUUUCUCUGCAAUCUUAAAGAAAAGCAUUCGUAAUUUGUUGAUCUGCACUGAAGUUGGUUUGGUUGAACAUGUCCUCAAAAGAAUUGAUAAAGUUGACAGCAUGAUUGCAGAUCUCUUGGUGGAAAUGCUGGGAAUUUUGGCCAGCUACAGCAUCACAGUUCGAGAACUUAAACUUUUUUUCAGCAAGCUUCGAGGAGAAAAAGGACAGUGGCCUCCUCAAGCAGCAAAAUUGCUGUCAGUCUUAAAGCACAUGCCUCAGAAAUAUGGUCCUGAUGCCUUUUUUAACUUUCCAGGGAAAAGUGCUGCAGCAAUUGCCUUACCUCCAGUGGCUAAAUGGCCGUAUCAAAAUGGGUUCACGUUUCAUACUUGGUUAAGGAUGGAUCCAAUAAACAACAUCAAUGUGGAUAAAGCUAAACCCUAUUUAUAUUGUUUUAGAACAAAUAAAGGACUUGGUUAUUCAGCUCAUUUUGUUGGUAGCUGCUUAAUUGUCACAUCAGUAAAGUCCAAAGGAAAAGGAUUCCAGCACUGCGUGAAGUAUGAUUUCAAGCCACAGAAGUGGUAUAUGGUAUCACUUGUCCACAUUUACAAUCGAUGGAAAAACAGUGAGCUGCGAUGUUACGUAAAUGGAGAAUUGGCUUCCUAUGGAGAGAUAACAUGGCUUGUUAAUACAAGUGAUACUUUUGACAAGUGCUUCCUAGGGUCAUCUGAGACAGCUGAUUCUAAUAGAGUGUUCUGUGGGCAGAUGGCUGCUGUCUACCUAUUUAGUGAAGCCCUAAAUGCCGCUCAGAUAUUUGCAGUCUAUCAGUUGGGCCCUGGAUACAAGGGAACAUUUAAAUUCAAGGCAGAAAGUGAUCUCUUUCUUGCAGAGCACCAUAAGUUGUUACUGUAUGAUGGCAAAUUGUCAAGCUCAAUUGCUUUCACAUAUAACCCAAGAGCUACUGAUGCCCAGCUUUGCCUGGAAUCAUCUCCCAAAGAUAACCCAUCUAUCUUUGUUCAUUCUCCUCAUGCACUUAUGCUGCAGGAUGUGAAAGCAGUUUUAACACACUCAAUUCAAAGUGCAAUGCACUCAAUAGGAGGAGUACAGGUUCUUUUCCCUGUCUUUGCUCAACUGGAUUUUCGGCAAUACGGGUCAGAUCAUGUAGACGCUUCAGUCUGUUCAACUCUCUUUGCCUUCAUUUUGGAGUUGCUGAAAAACUCCCUUGCUAUGCAAGAACAGAUGCUAUCUUCAAAGGGCUUCCUUGUGAUAGGAUAUAGUCUUGAAAAGUCUUCCAAAUCUCAUGUCACUAGAACAGUCCUUGAGCUGAGUUUGGCCUUUGCAAAAUACUUGAGUAGCUUGCACAAUGGGGUACCUUUGCUCAAGCAGUUGUGUGACCAUAUUCUGCUUAACCCAGCAAUAUGGAUUCAUACCCCAGCCACGGUUCAGCUGGCUUUGUACACAUUCAUGUCUACAGAGUUCAUCAGCUCAGUUAGCAUCUACAAUGCUGUCCGUAGAACUGGCACUGUUCUCUUGGUGAUGCACACCUUAAAGUAUUACUAUUGGACUGUUAACCCUCAGGAUCGUAGUGGCAUCACUCCAAAAGGCUUGGAUGGACCACGGCCUAAUCCAAAAGAAAUACUGUCUCUCAGAGCAAUGCUGUUGAUAUUUAUUAAGCAAUUAGUCAUGAAGGAUCAUGGUGUAAAAGAAGAUGAAUUACAGGCAAUUCUAAAUUAUUUGCUGACAAUUCAUGAGGAUGACAAUUUAAUGGAUGUUCUGCAGCUUCUUGUUGCACUGAUGUCUGAACACCCUGGCUCAAUGAUUCCUGCAUUUGAUCAACGAAAUGGGCUACGGAUUGUUUACAAGCUUCUGGCAUCGAAGACUGAAGGAAUAAGGGUUCAAGCUUUGAAAGUCUUGGGCUACUUUUUGAAGCACUUAUCGGCAAAGAGAAAAUCUGAAGUCAUGCAGGCCCAUGGACUCUUUUCUCUGCUAGCUGAAAGACUUAUGCUGCACACAAAUCUAAUAACAAUGACGACCUACAAUGUGCUAUUUGAGAUUCUCAUUGAGCAGAUAUGUACCCAGGUGAUACAUAAACAACAUCCUGAUCCAGAUUCGACAGUCAAGAUCCAAAAUCCCUUGAUACUGAAAGUUAUAGCGACCCUCCUGCGGAACUGUCCUCAGCACCCAGAAGUCAUAGAAGUAAAACGAGUGUUUCUUUCAGACAUGAUAAAGCUCUUUAAUAACAGCCGGGAAAAUCGAAGGAGCUUGCUGCAGUGCUCUGUCUGGCAGGAGUGGAUGCUGUCCCUCUGCUACUUCAACCCUAAGAACACAGAGGAGCAGAAAAUUACAGAGAUGGUGUACGCCAUCUUUCGAAUUCUUCUUUAUCAUGCAGUCAAAUAUGAGUGGGGAGGUUGGCGUGUUUGGGUGGACACAAUCUCAAUCACUCAUUCAAAGGUUACUUUUGAAAUGCACAGAGAAAGUUUGGCACGUGUGUUUAAUGAAUAUCAGGAUAGAGAUGGUGGUGAAAUAUGUCCUAGUCCUUCAAGCCCAAUAAGAACUGUUUCUGGAAUCAGUGCAGAAUUAGAGUCUAGAACUCAGACACCACCUUUGGAAAUCACAGAAGCUGCAAGCACAUCUACUUUUAUAGAAAAUGUUGUGACUGAAAGUACAGCAGACUUUGAAGUUACACAAUUUAGUGAGCACAUCAGCUCACCAAAAACAGAACAAAUGGAACCAGAUGAAAGUGACGAUUAUGUUGAGGUUACCCUUGAUACAAAUAUGUCUGAUGCAGAGGAGACUGAAACAAAAGAACAAUCCAUUGAAGGGACUGUUCCUUCAGCUUUGGUUGAAGAGUGUGAGGAAGCCACGUUAUCUCUUGAUACCAACUCCUGUGAUUUUGUACCAAUCGGGUGCUCAGAGGACAAUGAGGGCAUUUCUGAAAUGCUGGAAAGUAAAAUGAAUGUGGGCAGUUCUGCUGUUGUGUUGGACAGUUCAGACUCUGCACCAGACAACACAGUGCCAACUGCUUCAGAAAAUUCUGCUGUAUCAGAUGAAUUAUCAGCAAUGGUAAAUGAUGCAGCAGGUAGCAAUGAAGCUGUCUCUGAACUAGGGGAAAAUAAAGGAGAUGGACCACCUGUAGAUCCUCAAGAUCAGAAAAGUGAUGGAAAAAGUAAUUCUUCUGAGAAUACCACUGCGGAGGCUAUUCCUACUUUAAAAGAAGUUGCAGAAACUCAGAAUUUGGAUAUAGAAGGAGCAGUGGGAGGUAUUACCAGUCCAAAGGAAAGUGAAAUAAAAACAAAUGCCCUUGCUGCUUCUCAGGUUUCUGAAAGAAAAAUAGCAAAGCUUGAUGUUUCUAGCAUUGCUUCAGAUACAGAAAAUCUGGAUUACAGGCGCAGUGUGAGCCAUGAAGCUGACCAGACCACAGGAGCCAUGCCUGAGAAAAUAAGACAACCUGCCGGAGCAGAUGGCCAAAGAAGAGAUUCUAGAAGCACAAUGUUUCGUAUUCCUGAAUUCAGGUGGUCAACUAUGCAUCAGCGGUUGCUCACAGACCUUCUGUUUUCAAUAGAAACAGAUAUACAGAUGUGGCGAAGUCAUUCUACCAAGACUAUAAUGGACUUUGUGAAUAGCAAUGAUAAUGUUAUUUUUGUCCAUAACACUAUCCACCUGAUUUCUCAAAUAACCGACAAUAUGAUCAUGGCUUGUGGGGGUAUAUUACCAUUGCUUUCUGCUGCAACUUCAGCUACACAUGAAUUAGAACAUAUUGAGCCAACACAAGGCCUGUCAUUAGAGACAUCUAUUUCAUUUCUGCAACGAGCUAUUAGCCUAGUUGAUGUCCUCAUUUUUGCAAGUUCUUUGGGCUUCGCUGAUAUUGAAGCAGAGAAGAACAUGUCUCCUGGUGGAAUACUAAGGCAGUGUCUUCGAUUGGUCUGUGCCGUAGCCGUAAGAAAUUGUCUGGAGUGUCAGCAGCACUUGAAGUUAAAAACCACAGGAGAACCUAUAAAAAACCAGAAAGGAGUUCAUAGCUUGGUGGGAACAGGAAAGCCUGCUGCAAAGAGCCCCAUUGAUAUAAUUACAGGAGGAAUGUCUCCAGUGCGAGACCAUGACCGGCUUCUGCAAGACAUGGAUAUAAACCGUUUAAGAGCUGUGGUUUUCAGAGAUGUAGAGGACAGCAAACAAGCUCAAUUUCUCGCACUUGCUGUUGUUUACUUCAUUUCGGUUUUAAUGGUAUCUAAAUAUCGAGAUAUCCUUGAGCCUCAAAACGAGAGAAAGCAAUCCACUAGAACUCCAAAGGAUGCUGAACAUGAAAGUGGUGACAUGGGAUCUUUAGAUGCUGUUCAGUCUGUAGCGCCAGUCACUGCAGACAUGGAAAAUGCCUUAUCUAUAAGAAGGGACUCUGGCAUUGGUGAAGAAUCUGCAAUAGCCCCUACCAGAACCUCUGAUGAAUCUGCUGUAGCGCCAACAAAGAGUUCUGAUGCAGUGUCUGACACAGGCCCAGAGCCUGUUAGUUCAGGACCGGAUGCUAUUAGUGAAGUUCUGCACACCCUAUCCUCGGAAGUUAUACAGUCCUCUCAGGAGAGUGGAAGUGAAGCAUCUGCAAAAAACGUUAAUGUGAAGGACAUUCUCAGGAGUUUAGUGAGCAUUCCAUCUGAUGAGCCCCUGACAGACCCUGCUUUAUUGCCACCAGCCUUCCUUGGAGCACUUGGUGAUCUUGCAGCUGAAAAUCCAGUACAGUUCCGAUCAUUUGACAGGAGUGUUGUUAUUGCUCAGAAGAAAUCAGUUCCCCCAAUACCAGCUACUGUUAGUACUGCUCCUCACGCAGUUAGUGUGGUGUCAGCGACGGAUUCCUCACAAGCUGCAGAUGCUGACAGAGAAUCCUCUGGCAGUGGAUCAUCAAAUUCAAAACUGCCUUCUGUUCAGACUGUUGCUUCUGUGCCAGAGGACUCUGCUUCACAUAUGAGCAUUACAGAGAGAUUGGAGCACGCUCUGGAGAAGGCUGCUCCACUCCUGAGGGAAAUAUUUGUGGAUUUUGCUCCUUUUCUGUCUCGCACACUUUUGGGAAGCCAUGGCCAAGAAUUGCUUAUUGAAGGGACAAGUCUGGUUUGUAUGAAAUCGAGCAGCUCAGUAGUAGAACUUGUCAUGCUGCUAUGUUCUCAGGAAUGGCAAAACUCUAUUCAGAAAAAUGCGGGACUGGCAUUUAUUGAACUGGUUAAUGAAGGAAGGUUACUAAGCCAAACUAUGAAAGAUCAUCUGGUGAGAGUGGCAAACGAAGCUGAAUUUAUCUUGAGCAGGCAGCGAGCAGAAGAGAUACACAGACAUGCAGAAUUUGAGUCCCAAUGUGCACAGUAUACUGCAGACAAGAGAGAAGAAGAAAAGAUGUGUGACCAUUUGAUAAGGGCUGCAAAGUAUAGAGAUAAUGUAACUGCAACCCAGCUUGUACAGAAAAUUAUCAAUAUUCUCACAGACAAGCAUGGAGCUUGGGGUAGCUCUUCAAUAAGUCGUCCUUGUGAGUUCUGGCGCCUUGACUACUGGGAAGAUGACUUGAGGCGCCGACGACGAUUUGUGCGGAACCCCCUUGGAUCGACACAUCCUGAAGCAACCCUCAGAUCAGCCAUAGAGCACGAUCCUGAUGAAGAUGCACUUGUGAAAGGAAAGCAGUCUAUCAAAGGUCAGGUUGUUGGAGGACAAAUCUCGGAGGGUGAUAGCCUGCUGGAUGGAGAGGAUGACACACUGUCAUCCUUAGAAGAAAAAGAUCUUGAAAGCCUUACAGGUCCUGUUAACCUUAGCACCCCUGCACAAUUAGUGGCUCCUUCCGUGGUGCUAAAGGGCACCCUGUCCGUCACCUCCUCUGAGCUCUACUUUGAGGUGGAAGAAGAUGAUCCUGGAUUUAAGAAAAUGGAUGCCAAGAUACUUGCCUACACUGAAGGAUUGCACGGAAAAUGGCUGUUCACAGAGAUCCGUGCUGUUUUUUCACGUCGCUACCUUCUGCAAAACACAGCUGUAGAGAUUUUUAUGGCAAACAGAGUUUCAGUCAUGUUUAACUUCCCUGACCAAUCUACUGUAAAAAAAGUAAUCCAUUGCCUCCCCAGAGUUGGAAUUGGCACUAAUUUUGGAUUGCCUCAAACAAGGCGUAUCUCUUUGGCUACUCCAAAACAGAUCUUUAAAGCAUCAAAUAUGACACAGCGUUGGCAGCACAGAGAAAUCUCCAACUUUGAAUAUUUGAUGUUUCUGAACACAAUAGCUGGCCGAACUUUCAAUGACUUGAACCAGUAUCCAGUGUUCCCCUGGGUUAUAACCAAUUAUGAAUCAGAACAGCUGGACCUUACUCUUCCUAGCAACUUCAGGGAUUUGUCCAAGCCCAUUGGAGCACUAAACCCAAAGCGAGCUGACUUCUUUGAUGAACGUUAUAAAUCCUGGGAAGAUGACCAAGUUCCCAAGUUUCAUUAUGGCACACAUUAUUCAACUGCGAGUUUUGUACUAAGCUGGCUGCUGAGAAUUGAGCCAUUCACAACAUUUUUCCUCAAUCUGCAAGGUGGUAAAUUUGACCACGCAGAUCGGGCAUUUUCAUCCAUUGCAAGAGCAUGGAGAAACUCUCAGCGAGACACUUCUGAUAUCAAGGAACUCAUUCCUGAAUUUUACUACCUUCCUGAGAUGUUUGUGAACGCCAAUAAUUACAGUCUUGGAGUAAUGGAUGAUGGCACUGUGGUUUCUGAUGUAGAUCUUCCACCAUGGGCUAAAUCCCCUGAAGAGUUUGUCCGCAUAAACAGACUGGCCUUGGAAAGUGAAUUUGUUUCCUGCCAGCUCCACCAAUGGAUUGAUCUUAUUUUUGGCUACAAACAGCAAGGACCAGAAGCAGUAAGAGCUCUAAAUAUGUUUUACUACCUGACGUAUGAAGGGGCUGUCAAUCUCAGUUCAAUUACUGAUCCUGUUUUGAGAGAGGGAGUGGAAGCUCAAAUUCGGAGUUUUGGACAAACACCUUCCCAGCUUUUAAUCGAGCCGCAUCCUCCCAGGAGUUCAGCUAUGCAGGUGACUCCACUGAUGUUUACAGACCAAGCUCAGCAUGAUGUGAUCAUGGUCCUGAAGUUCCCGUCCAACUCGCCAAUCACUCACGUUGCAGCCAACACCCAACCUGGGCUGGCUACUCCUGCCGCAAUUACUGUCACUGCAAACAGACUCUUUGCUGUAAAUAAAUGGCACGGUCUUCCCGCUCAUCAAGGUGCUGUGCAGGACCAGCCAUACCAGCUGCCCGUGGAAAUCGAUCCUCUUAUAGCCAGCAAUACUGGGAUGCACAGGAGACAAAUCUCUGACCUUCUAGACCAAAGCAUCCAGGUCCACUCACAGUGUUUUGUCAUCACAGCUGACAAUCGCUUUAUUCUUGUCUGUGGUUUUUGGGACAAAAGCUUUCGUGUUUAUUCAACAGACACAGGUAAACUGACUCAGGUGGUGUUUGGUCACUGGGAUGUUGUGACCUGCUUAGCUCGAUCCGAAUCCUACAUUGGAGGAGAUUGCUAUGUGCUGUCCGGAUCAAGAGAUGCCACCUUGCUGCUGUGGUACUGGAAUGGCAAAAGCAACGGCAUUGGGGAUCAUCCCAGCACUGAGUUUGCUACUCCUCGCGCUAUACUAACAGGACAUGACUGUGCAAUUACCUGCGCUACUGUAUGUGCGGAGCUUGGACUAGUGAUCAGUGGUUCAAAAGAUGGUCCAUGUUUGAUACAUUCUAUGAAUGGAGACCUUUUAAGGACCUUGGAGGCUGCAGAAAACUGCUUAAGACCAAAACUUAUACAGGUUUCAAGAGAAGGCCACUGUGUUGUCUAUUAUGAAAAAGGCAUUUUCUGUGUUUUUAGCAUCAAUGGAAAACUUCAAGCUUCCAUGGAAAUUGAAGACAAUACACGGGCAAUUCUGCUUAGUCGAGAUGGGCAGUACCUGCUGACUGGAGGAGACAAUGGAGUCGUCAUGGUGUGGCAGGUAUCAGAUCUGAAGCAGCUCUUUGCUUACCCAGGCUGCGAUGCAGGGAUCCGAUCUAUGACCAUGUCUUUUGACCAAAGGUGCAUAAUGACUGGCAUGGCCUCCGGAAGCAUUGUGCUCUUCUACAAUGACUUCAACCGCUGGCACCACGAAUAUCAGACGAGAUACUGAAACCAGCAGGCGCCGAUAUACUGUACUGAAGCACUUGAACCACUUGCCUGUCGUCGCAAGGCAUCUUUAAACUUGUCUGUCAAGCAAUCUGCCACUGCAUCCAUCCUUAUAAAUAGCGAUGUUACAUCUGAAUGUAAUUUAAAUGAGGCUCAAAUUAGUGAAAUAUUUUUAGAGUUAACUGCUAUUUUUGUAGAUCUUGAACCUCUGUUUUUUUGUGGUUAUAGACGAACUGAAGCAAGUUGACUGCUGAGUUCUGUAGUACAACAAUUAUAAAUAUAUAAAUAUAUAUAUUUUUAGUCAUAAGGAGAAGUCUAUUUUCAUCUGUCUGGGAAAAAAAUGAAUAACUGAUGUCUAAAAACAAUGUUUUUCUAUAUCUGGUGAGGUGACUGGGACUUCCAUUCUCUGAUCUUGCUUUUAACUCAGUGGCGGAGGGAGGUUGCUAGGGGCAUUUUAAGCUGUGCCAGCGACAUUUAUUUUAUGUAAUACUGUUCCUUUCUUUGUAUUCUGCUUUUCCUAAUGAUUUUCUUAUUGAAGCACUGACUAUUUGAUGGAAAUUUGGAACAAUUACUGUCAAGUGAUUUAAACAUUUUGCAAGAAUUACUGUUCAGGGAUGGUUGGUCCUUCCACUUAAUACUUGGGGAGAGAAAACAAAUAGAAGGAAUCAGCCUACACAGUCACUGGAGCUGAGGUUACAGCGCUCAUAGAGAUGUUUAUUUACAUGUGUAUGUGACUGCCGCAUUGUUAGAACCAACACAAGGAAUAAAUGGCAUCUUAAAUGUUUGUUCCUUUUAAAUCUUAAGCUAUAGCCUGUUAGUAAAUAGACCUAGUAUGACUUUUCAUGGAGGCAUCUCCCUUUCUCCAGAAGUUAAUGGAUACCACUCAUUUCUUUAUGCUGCCAUUUGUGUAAAUGGGCAGACAGCACAAACACAAAAUAAUCAGGACGUUAUUUCAAUGUUCCAAUGUUUUCUGCCUUUCUGAAAUUGUGUGGGAUUCUGUGAUCUUUGUGAAAAAAAAUAUAUUGCUUUGUCAGUCUGUAUUGCAUAAAGACUUGUUUGUACUUAGUGACCUAUGUAUGGGCUGAACUGACAUUCCUUAUCUUUUCCAGGCCAAGGACACAUUUGUCUACCUGUUUGCUUAAGCAGAGCCCCCUUUUUUUUUUUAUUCAUUUAGUGACAACCUUUUCAUUACCUGGAGUGUGGGAUACGGUUCCUCAGUUUGAGAGGUGUUGAAAAGAAAAAAUAAAAUAUGAAAUUUGUAAUUGGUAA